GACAGCCUGAGUCACAUCAAAGCUGAUCCAGCCAGUCUCAUGGAUGGGGAUCAACCUGCAGAUGCUGUGACGGCGGUGUGUGACGGCCGCCAUGAUGAGCUUGGAUUUAGCCUGCAGCACCAAGCUGGAGCUGAGACGCAAGCCACCGACCGGGGGAGGCUGGGAAAGGCUGCGCUCUGGGUUGGAAUGAGCCACAGUAUUUUUUUCUCUUUAGUGAGCCCCGGACGACGAGUCAACAAUAUUCGACGCUGUGUACUGUAAACCAUGAAGAUAUUCUCCACUGUCUACCAUUUUCAACUGAGAACGGGGUCGACGGAUGAUUUGUGAAGAAUGGAAUUUAGAGGAAGAAACUAGCUGGGCUAAGCCUUUCGCCCUCUGUAGUCUUCACAGAGGAGGGGCACUGGGGCUUUGUAGCAUUGCAGAUCCUGAAUUGAUGCAUUUUUUGGUUACUGCAUAAUGGAUAACCGCAUAUAUCAGCAAAUCGGAGGAUUUCUUUAAAUGCUUGGUAACAGGUAUUAGUUUCCUUUGGAGGAUAUCUGUAGGAGAGGGACUGAAAUACUAAAGGAAAUACUACCAGCAACUCAGUUACGUCAAAAUCUGCCGGCCAGGGCAGGGUCGGCAAUUGGGAAGUCUCUCUUAUGUCUCUUGGGAGUGUAGAUUAGGGGAAAUGAAGAGAUAUGGUUUGCCUCACACACAUUCUGCGUCUUCUGUCGAUACAUUUAGACGAAGAGCGUCAUGAUUGACUUCCUUUAGCUCGACAUCGCCGCUUCUCCUUGGAACUUUUUUAAGGUGAGGUAGGCUGCUGUGCCUCUCGCCAGUGCGGUUUUAGCGUAAAACAGGCUAUAGGCCGUAUAUAUUUAAAUAAUUCACUCCUUGGCCAACUUAGAACAAUAAUCAUGUCGGGAGAAGUCCGUUUGAAGAAACUGGAGAAACUGAUUUUGGAUGGCCCAGUUCAGUCCAAUGGCCAGUGCCUCAGCGUGGAAACAUUACUGGAUAUACUCAUCUGUCUCUUUGAUGAAUGCCACAACUCGCCUCUUAGACGAGAGAAAAAUAUUUUGGAGUUUCUGGAUUGGGUCAAACCCUUCACCACCGAGGUCAAGCAGAUGCGUCUGCACAGGGAGGACUUUGAGAUCCUGAAGGUCAUCGGCCGAGGCGCAUUUGGAGAGGUUGCCGUGGUGAAGGUGAAGAACUCAGACAAGGUGUUUGCCAUGAAGAUCCUCAACAAGUGGGAGAUGCUGAAGAGAGCUGAGACGGCGUGCUUCCGCGAGGAGCGGGACGUGCUGGUGAACGGAGACUGUCAGUGGAUCACCACCCUGCACUACGCCUUCCAGGAUGAGAACAACCUGUACUUGGUGAUGGACUACUAUGUGGGUGGUGACCUGCUGACUCUGCUCAGUAAGUUUGAGGACCGCCUGCCGGAGGACAUGUCCAAGUUCUACCUGGCCGAGAUGGUGCUGGCCAUCCACUCCGUCCACGAGCUGCACUACGUCCACAGGGAUAUCAAGCCAGACAACAUUUUGAUGGACGUGAACGGUCACAUACGCCUGGCCGACUUUGGCUCCUGCCUCAAGCUCAUGGCUGAUGGAACGGUCCAGUCCUCGGUGGCCGUGGGCACGCCGGACUACAUCUCCCCGGAGAUCCUGCAGGCCAUGGAGGACGGGAAGGGGAAGUACGGGCCCGAGUGUGACUGGUGGUCUCUGGGCGUCUGCAUGUACGAGAUGCUGUACGGAGAGACGCCCUUCUACGCCGAGUCGCUGGUGGAGACCUACGGCAAGAUCAUGAACCACAAGGAGCGGUUUCAGUUCCCCCCUCAGAUGUCGGACGUGUCGGAGGAUGCGAAGGACCUGAUGCGGCGCCUCAUCUGCAGCCGGGAGCACCGCCUGGGCCAGAACGGCAUCCUGGACUUCAAGCAGCACCCUUUCUUUGCAGGCAUCGACUGGGAGAACGUCCGCUCCUGCGAGGCCCCCUACAUCCCCGAGGUCAGCAGCCCCACUGACACCUCAAACUUUGACGUGGACGACGACUGCCUCAAGAAUACGGAGACGUUGCCCCCUUCUUCACACACCGCCUUCCCUGGUCACCACUUCCCUUUUGUGGGCUUCACUUACACCAGCAAAAGCUCCCUGUCGGACCGUGGCUGUCUGCGUGACUGUGGGGGUCCUGUGCAGUCACCGAUGGACAUGACCGUGCAGCGCAGCCUGGAGGAGAGCCUGGCGUCUGAGGCCUACGAGAGGAGGAUACGCAGACUGGAGCAGGAGAAACUGGAGCUGAGCCGCAAGCUGCAGGAGUCCACUCAGACCGUUCAGGCUCUCCAGUACCCAAACUCAGAUGCUCCGCCGGGCACCAACAACAGGGAGGUGGAGAUCCGGAGCCUGAACAAUGAGAUCGACCUCCUUAAGAAGCAGAUUUCAGACUCUGGUCAGCUGGAGCAGAAGCGGGAGGAGGCAUCUUCAGUGCGCAGAGACCUGGACGAUUCCUGCAAGCACAUCAAAAACCUGGAGAAGCAGAUCAAAAGUGCCGCACAGGAAAGAGAUGACCUGCACAAGGAGCUGCUGGAGCAGGCAGAGCGUCUGAAGGGUCAGGGCAAGGAGCUGAAGGACGCGCACAGCCAGAGGAAGCUGGCCAUGAAGGAGUUCUCGGAGCUGAACGAGCGGCUGAGCGACCUGCGCUCCCACAAGCAGAGGCUGGCGCGGCAACUCCGCGACAAGGAGGACGAGCUGGAGGCCCUGGGUCAGAGGGUGGAGGGGCUGCGCUUGGAGCUGCGCAAGGCAGAGAGGAGCCGCAAGGAGUUUGAGGCCCAAGCGGAGGAGCAGUCAGCUGAGGCUCAGAAGGAGAGGAAACUGAGAGAGUGCAGCGAGCAAUACAGCAGACAACUAGAGGAGGAUCUGGAGAUGGUGAAGCAGAAGCCCGUGUCCUCCUCGCUCUCCUCCUCGGAAGGCCCAGCCGCUGGCGGCGACCAGGAGCAGGAGCUGCUCCGCGUGCGGGCGGACUUGGAGCGGCGCACGGUGCAGCUGGAGGAGGAGCGGACGCGCCGGGACAGCCAGCACGCCGCCGAGCUCAAGGGCCUGCGCAAGGAGCUGCACGACGCCGAGGCGCAGCACCUCGCCCUGCACAAGGAGAUCCUGGUGCUCAAGGACAAGCUGGAGAAGACACGCCGGGAGAGUGACUGCUGGAUGAGCCAAAGUGAGCGAGAGGAGUUUGAGACCGAGUACAAGCAGAAGCACGAAAGGGAGAGAACCUUACUGACAGAGGAGAACAAGAAACUCUCCAGUGAACUGGACAAAGUGACAGGCUUGUUUGAGGAGUUGAGUGUGAGCAACAGGCAGCUGGAUGAGGAGCUGAGGGAGCUGUCUGAUAAGAAGGAGAGCGUGGCCCACUGGGAGGCCCAGAUCACAGAGAUCAUCCAGUGGGUGAGCGAUGAGAAGGACGCUCGUGGUUAUCUUCAGGCUCUAGCUACUAAGAUGACUGAGGAGCUGGAGGGUCUGAGAACCACCAGCCUGGGAGCCAAGGGCACGGACAUGCCAUGGAAGGUGCGGCGCUUCGCCAAGCUGGACAUGUCUGCCCGUCUGGAGCUGCAGUCGGCACUGGACGGCGAGAUCCGCGCCAAGCAGAUCAUCCAGGACGAACUCAACAAGGUCAAGGCCUCGAGCAUCUCUGCAGAGUGUAAACUGCAGGAGGCUGAGAGCAGGAACCACGAGCUGCUGUCUGAGACGGAGCGGCUGAAGAAAGAGCUGGAGGAGCUCCGCCUCAGGAGAGGCGUGAAACACCAGGACUCCCAGAAUUCCUUCCUGGCUUUCCUGAAUGCACCCACCUCGGGGCUGGAUCAGUUUGAUGAGCCUUUCUCCUCCUCCUCUUCUUCAGUUGAGUCCGCUUUGAUUGAGUUUUGGGAAGAUCGAUCUCCCUCCGUUGGUCCGGGCAGCAAAGGCAGACGUCUGGACUCUGUGGACUACACCCCCUCCAACACUCCAUCUCAUGAUGAGGAUUCCAAGCGGCGAGUGUCCCGCUCCCGCUCCCCAUCCACCGCCAGCGACAUGGAGCCCAUCGAGUUGAUGGACCACCCGUCCCGAGUCCACACCCCCACCAUGCGCUCUGGGUAUGGCAGUCUGGGGCCCUCUUCUCCAAAGCCUAAAGCGCACCAGUUUGUGGUGAAGUCCUUCAGCGUGCCGACCAAAUGCAACCAGUGCACCUCCCUCAUGGUCGGCCUCAUCCGGCAGGGCUGCACGUGCGAGGUGUGUAACUUCUCCUGCCACGUGGCGUGUGCCGAUAAGGCGCCUGCAGUGUGCCCCGUGCCCCCUGACCAGACCAAGGGCCCACUGGGCAUCGACCCACAGAGGGGCAUCGGAACAGCGUAUGAGGGGCAUGUCAGGGUCCCCAAACCCACAGGUGUGAAGAAGGGUUGGCAGCGUGCGUUAGUGGUGGUCUGUGACUUUAAGCUCUUCCUCUAUGAGCUGGGAGAAGGCAAAGCUACCCAGCCUAGUGUGGUGGUCAGCCAGGUUAUUGACAUGAGGGAUGAGGAGUUUUCAGUCAGCUCUGUCUUAGCCUCCGAUGUCAUCCACGCCAACCGGAAAGACAUCCCCUGCAUCUUCAGAGUGACGGGCUCCCAGCUGUCGGCCUCGCCCGGCCAGAAGGCGUCCAUCCUCAUCCUGGCCGACAGCGACCACGAGCGCAACAAGUGGGUGGGCCUGCUGAGCGAGCUGCAGCGAAUCCUGCGCAAGCACAAGCUGAAGGAGCGCUCGGUCUACGCCCCCAAGGAGGCCUACGACAACACCCUGCCCCUCAUCAAGGGCACCCAGACCGCCACCAUCAUCGAUCACGAGCGCGUUGCCCUUGGCAAUGAAGAGGGCCUGUUUGUCAUCCACGUCACCAAAGACGAGAUCAUCCGGGUGGGCGACAGUAAGAAGGUCCACCAGGUGGAGCUGAUCGGGCCCGAGCAGCUGCUGGCCGUGGUGUCCGGGCGGAAUCGGCACGUGCGGCUGCUGCCGGCCGCCGCGCUGGACGGCCGCGACAGCGAGCCCUUCAAGCUGGCCGACACCAAGGGCUGCCAGGCGCUGGCAUGGGGCCAGGUGCGCCACGGCGCCCUCACCUGCCUCUGCGUGGCCAUGAAGCGGCAGGUCAUCAUCUACGAGCUCAACCGGAGCAAGAGCCGACACCGCCGCAUCCGAGAGAUCCAGGUGCCGGGCGCGGUGCAGUGGAUGGCAGUGCAGAGCGAGCGUCUUUGCGUGGGCUGGCAGGCCGGCUUCGCCCGCUACAGCCUGCCGGGCGAGGGCUUGACGGGCGCCUCGUCGGGCGCCUCGUCGGGCUGCGUGAGCCUGCUGCACCCCGAGGACCCCACGCUCACCUUCCUGGGGCAGCAGGUGGGGCCGGGGGGCGACGCCCUGUGCGCGGUGGAGCUCUCGCCCAAGGAGCUGCUGCUCUGCUUCGGCAGCCUGGGCAUCUACGUGGACUGGCAGGGCCGACGCUCCCGGCAGCAGGAGCUGAUGUGGCCCGCCGUGCCCACUGCCUGCUGCUACAGUGCCCCCUAUCUGUCGGUGUACAGUGAGAACGCGGUGGAUGUCUUUGAUGUGAACAGCAUGGAGUGGAUCCAGACCAUCCCGUUGAAGAAGGCUCGGCCCUUGAACACGGACGGAUCACUGAACUUGCUGGGAUGGGAGACGGUGCGACUGGUCUACUUCAGGAACAAAACGGCGGAGGGAGAUGAGCUGGUGGUGCCGGAGGUGAGUGAGAACAGUAGGAAGCAGUUGGUGCGAAGCAUCAACAACAAGAGACGCUUCUCCUUCAGAGUGCCUGAGGAGGAGAGGUUACAGCAGAGGAGAGAGAUGCUGAGAGACCCCGAGAUGAGGAGUAAGCUCAUCUCUAACCCCACCAACUUCAACCAUGUGGCCCAUAUGGGCCCCGGAGACGGAAUCCAGGUGCUCAUGGAUCUGCCCAUGAAUGUCCGGGCUCAAGAGAACCGGGGUGCGUUCAGUGGUUCUGCCAGCAUCCCCUCCAUCAACAAGAACCGCGGAGAACCAGGUCGAUCCAUGAGUGCCAGCAGUGGGCUGGGCAUACGCUCUAACUCCCAGAACGGAAGUGCCCUGAGGCGGGAGUUCUCUGGUAGCAGCUACAGCUCCAAGCGCCAGACCAUGACCUCGCCUUCCGAGAGCUCGCUGUCCUCUGGAGGCGGCAUGGACGUGGGUGACGCACCCCUGUCCCAGUUCGACCGCGAGUGGCAGACCGUUUCACCUUCUGAGAAGACCCCCGAUCUGAAAAGAGCCUUAAGGAACUUGCUUAGUAAGAUGAAGGACUCGGACUCUCCGCGUCACUCCACCGCCUCCAACAGCUCCACCUUCAGCAGCCCGCCGAGUCCCGCCUCCCCACACAAGACCAAGUCCCUCUCCUUAGAGAGCACAGACCGCGCCGGCUGGGGCGACACAUGAGGGGACUCGCUCCAGGACCCGCCCAUAACCCCCUACCUCCUUCUCUCUCUCUCUCUCUCCGCAGGACUCCUCCUCCUCCUCCUCCACUGCCCCUCUUGCCCUCUCCUUUGUGUGAUUCGCCAAUAGCACUCCUCCAAGCUCCGCCCUCUGUCUUAAAGGCGCUUAACAGAACACCCCCCCCCCC